AUGACGGUUGAAAGGAACACGGCCGACGUCGGGCAUGAAAAGUUGCAGGGCGAGGAAAGACGAACGUCAGAGACCACUUUGCCAGCAGAGGAGGAAAAUGGGAAGGAAAUUGCGGAGACUCCGAAAAGUCAGACACCAAGCGACGAUUCUGCACCGCCACAAAAAAGAUCCAUUACAGGCUUGAAGUGGGCCCUUGCUUAUGCCUCAGUGCUAUCUACUGUUUUUCUAUUUGCCCUUGAUGGAACAAUCGUCGCAGCCCUUCAGCCUUCGAUCGUUGAGACCUUCAAAACUGAGAGUGAUCUAUCAUGGAUUGGAGUGAGUUUCAUGUUGGGAGAUACAGCUAUUCUACCCCUUGGGAAAGCCUUCGGGAAGUUUAACAUAAAAUGGCUAUUUAUCUCUUGUCUGUUUAUUUUUGAAGUUGGAAGUGCAGUCUGUGGUGCAGCACCCACGAUGGACGCACUUAUUGUCGGUCGCGUCAUUGCUGGUGUUGGAGGAUGUGGUGUCUACGUGGGUGGACUUACUUUUGUUGCACUGCUUACGACAGACCAUGAACGUCCACUCUAUUUGGCUGGAAUUUAUUGUAUCUGGGGUAUUGGCUGUGUUCUUGGUCCUAUCAUCGGAGGUGCCUUUGCCCAAAGCAGUGCGACAUGGCGUUGGGGCUUUUACAUUAACCUCCCCAUCGCUGCAGUGUUCGCGCCCGCCCAGCUUUUCUGUCUCCCCGCUAUCAGACCUCAACCGGAUAAGUCUUUUAUGGAGAGAAUUCGCUCACUCGAUUGGAUUGGUACUAUUGUGUUUCUCGCUGGAGCCACCUGCUUCAGUAUGGCUCUUAGUUUCGGUGGCACAGAAUAUGCUUGGAGCAGUGGUUCCGAAAUCGCUCUCCUCGUCAUGACUGGCGUGCUCUUCAUUGCGUUUGUUUUGGCGACUAUAUUCCAUCCAGGUGUGGUGGCGGAGAACAAGCUCCUUCCAGUGGGAUUUAUGCGCACCGCCGACCUUAUCACGUUGCCGAUUCAAAGUGCCAUUGUGGCGGGAGCGAUGUAUACCUCAAUUUACUAUGUCCCGCUGCUAUUCCAGUUUACCAAGUCCGAUAGCGCGCUUGAGGGGGGUGUACGCAUGCUUCCGCUCAUCUGUGCCCUCGUUUUCUUCGCUCUCUUGAAUGCAACCUUUAUGCCCAAACUUGGAUACUAUAUGCCGUGGUAUGUCUUCGGUAAUGCUGCUGUAAUUGUUGGUUCUGCUCUUAUGUUCACUAUCAACUCGAAAACCUCUGCAGCACAUGUCUAUGGGUACACAUUUCUUAUUGGUGUUGGAGUUGGCUGCUUCCAGAGCGCUGGUGUUGCUGUCGCGUCAGCAAUUGCUGCACCAGCUGAUGUGAAUAAUGCUGUCAGUCUCAUGACUAUUGCCCAAAUUUGCGGUGUUCUUGCAUCACUCUGUGUUGAUGGAGCUGUUUUCCAGAACCUCGCCAUCAGUAAAAUAAGCAGCGUUCUCCCAGGCUACAGUGAGAGCGACAUUAGUUCACUCACCGCUGGUACUAGUGGCUCUGUCUACCAAAAUCUGACCUCGGCCCAACAGUCAGCAGUCGUUGACGCAGUCAGUGAUUCAAUCCGACGUGUGUUCCUUUAUCCUCUUGCCGUCUCUGCAUCUGGAUUUCUGCUUUCAUUUACCCUAAGUCGCCGGAAGCUAUACCUUGCAGAAGGAAAAGUUGCCAAAUAA